AUGCCGUCGCUGUCGCCGUCGCCAGAGGAGUUUAAGGUUCCAUCGCGAGAGUUUGUAAGCCCUUCAAAGAACGAAUGGCCGUUGGAUGAGUCUACCGCUACAUUAGAGGCUGGUGAGAUGGGCUCCUGCGCGGCUCUUGUUCCAGGCCCAAGAGCCUGCAUCGAUGAAGUGUUAGCCAAUGUACUCACAGGAGGACUGCUUGUAAAUAUACUCGAAGCUCUACUGGAGCUGCGAGUGCUACGGAUCGAGUGCUCAUCAUACAUGCGCUGGAUUCGAGAAAGUCCGCGCGGAGUACGACCACUUGAGGCUAUAUUGGGAGGCUGCAUUCCAGGAGAUCGGGUUGUAGAUCGGGUAACAAGGUUAGAGCUUCCUAGAGCCGCUGCUCCACUGCGAGAUAUAGGUCUCUCAAUUCGUGGGGCGUUAAUGUGGCUGUCAUCACCAUUUAGGCCUGCAUUACUCUCAGCUUCUGAGCUAGUGACAACGGUGCUGGAUGUAUCUCCAGUUUCUGGAAGCGAUAAAGGUGAUACACUUUGGGCUGGAUGGGCACCUGGAGAGGUAUUCGAUUCGUCUGCAUUGCCAUCAUCAUUACCAGGGUUCGGAUUUGUAUUGCUGUAG